CGCGCCCCUAUUGGCUGCCGCCGCCGCCGCCGCCCUGCUCGCGAGACCUGCCCGCCACGCCUCGGCCCGCCCGCCCGGCGCCCCCAUUGGCCGCAGCCGCGGGACUUCCGGUUCUGGCCGGAAGCCCGGCCGGGGGUGCGCCCCGCUGCCGCCGCGAGCGGCGCGCUGGGGGCUCGGCGUUCCCAGCCGCACUGUUUACGCGCAAUGGCGCCUGGCGCUCCCAAGCGUCAAGCCCCCGCCGCGGAAACGUAGGCCCCUGUUGGCCCCGGACUCUGCCCGCUCUCCAGGCUGAUCUGCUCCUCGGCGCCCCGGGACGCCGUCUGUCUGCAGGCGCACGGCUGACUCCGGGGGCUGAUGGUUCUGGGCUGUGCGCCGCCCUGUGCGCGGUGGACGGCGAGCGGCACCCCUGGCCUCCGCCGGGCGCCGGGCGCCGGUUCCACGCCCGCUCGCCGGGCUGGCAGCCACGCUGUCGGCAGGCAUUCCCGGUGGUCCCCGCGAAGGGCCGCUGCCCCGGCAGCCAGGCCCACAGCCUGUGUCCUUGUCACACGGAUGGCUUCCCGCCUCCCUUCGGCGCUCAGGCGUCCACUCCCCGGAAGCGCUUCGCGACCGUCCCGUCCAAAAGCUCCUGCAACAGUGACCGGCGCGUGCGGGAGUGGAACAGUGUCCGUAAGAACUGGCCCAGCGCGGCUUCCGACGUGGGACCCACGGCUGAAUGAGGGGACUAGCGCGGGACCCGUGCUUCUAACUUCCUCUGUCUUCACGGCCCGCUGAGAGAAGCAUGGAGCCGUUACCUGGGCGGUGGGCUUGCAGGGACCAUCUAGAAGCUGCCGGCCAUGUAUGUCUUCUGAAAGAUGCCGUUGACCUGGAAAGCUCAUCUGAAAUCGCCCACCUCAUCAGGGCUGAGAACCUGGAGGCAGCAUUGGCUCUUCAUCUGUACAGAGGAGGCCGGCUCGUGCAAGGUCAUGGAAUCCCCUUUGGAAUCAUCUUUGGUGGAACCGAUUUGAAUGAAGAUGUUAACCAGAGAGAAAAAAAUGAAGUGAUGGGAAAGGUCCUCGAAGAAGCCAGAUUUGCUGUCGCUUUCACAGAGUCGAUGAAGGAAGCGGCGCAGACACAGUGGCCGCAUGCCAGGGGUAAGAUCUACGUCCAGAGUCAAGGAGUCGUGACAGUACCAAACGCUGCCUUUAACUGGAACACCUUCCUUCACUGUUCAGGGAUUAACCAAAAUGCUGAUAAUUUACACAUCUUUCUCCUGGUGUGUGGACUUAGACAAGUUAAGGACCCUCUUUACUUGGUGGACGCAUUCUCAGAAUGGCAUCAAGAAGAGCCUAAUGUUUACAUGGUGAUCGUGGGUCCUGAAGUCGACCCAGUGUUUACAAGGGAAGUAAAAGCCAAAGUAAAGAGGACGGCUGGGGUGCGGCUGCUGGGAGAGAUGCCCCAGGAAGACCUACACGCAGCGCUCAAGAACUGCUUCGCGGUGGUGAACAGCUCCGUGUCUGAGGGCAUGUCCGCUGCGAUUCUGGAGGCGAUGGAUCUGGAAGUCCCCGUGCUGGCCAGGAACAUCCCCGGGAACGCGGCGGUGGUGAAGCAUGAGGUCACAGGGCUAUUGUUUUCAGACCCACAGGAGUUUGUUCAAUUAGCAAAGAGACUGGUUCGUGAUCCUGCGCUGGAAAAAGAAAUUGUGGCCAACGGAAGGGAGUACGUGAGAAGGUAUCACUCAUGGCAGGCGGAAAGAGACACCUAUCAGAGCCUCGUCCAGACCCUCGAGGGAAGCAUCGAGGAGUGAGGGCGCUCGCCGGGUGUCACGUGCCCACCCGGGGCCACCGCGGACGCACGGCCCUGGGUGAACACCAGAGACAGAGUUCUGGGCCAGUGGGGCCGGUCCGGUCCAAAUCACGCCAGUUUCAAUGGAAUCAUCGAUAAACAACGUCAGUUAUAAGGCAGAACCUCAUCCAAAACCUGUCAGGGCUUCCAGAGAACAUCCCAGACGUGUCUACCAGAUCAGCUCCUGGGGGCUCCUGGGGGCUCCUAGGGGCCAGGCAGGGGGAGGCGGGGAGAGAGCGGUGUUAGCCGCUACGGGACUUAGGGGCAAGCCGCGCAGCACAGACACGUCCCACCUGCCUUCUGAUGACCUGUAACUCAUUGUUCAAAACCAGCAACUAAAGUCCAACGUGUCCACCGAAAGGAGUCCACAGAAUAAAGUGUGUCGCCGUCAGCCCACGGACUCAGCCGCUGUGUGUUCAUGUUGUGAGCAGCAUCCAAGAGAAACCCCCCCACCCCAGUCCCAGCCCUGAACACACAGGUACUGAUGCCCG